CGCCAAUGCAUUUGUGCGACUGCAACAAAAUAUUGACCCCCUGUAUGUGAUAGAGGAGGCUCCCUAGAGGGUGUUAUGCUAUUCUUUUGUGUAAAAUUAUUUAAAGGGCCAAUCAGUGAUGGCUAAUAAAGAGCGUGAAGUGGAUUUAUAUCGGCACACUUCUGUGAGAUAUCUGGGAUAUGCAAACGAAGUAGGUGAGGCCUUCAGGAGUAUCGUACCAAAGUCAAUAGUAUGGCUAAGCUACAUUAUAUCCAGUGGCUACGUUCUGGCUGACACUCUAGACAAGGGGUGGAAAGUUCAUCAGAAAGACUCUUCACCGUUGAAAAAUAAACGAAUGCUUUUAUCUGUGUCAGAUACACUUCUCUGGCAGGGCUUUGCUUCUGUUAUAAUACCGGGACUGACCAUAAAUAGGAUAUGUGCUGGAGUUCGGUACGCACAAACGUUCAAAAAAGGUCCUAUAGGUAAAAGUCCAUGGGUCUGUACAAUUAUUGGCCUAAUCUCCAUUCCAUUUAUAAUACAUCCUAUUGACGUGGGUGUAGAAAAAGCCAUGAAUGCCACUUACAGAAACUGGACUGGAUAUCAUCCCCACAAGGAGCUCGAUUGAUGUAAAAAUCAAUAGAAAAUUGAAUGAAAGUAGUACAAUCUUAAUGCUCCCCAAGUAAAAAGCAAUUUAAUUUUCCUGGAUUGUUAUAAAUUAUAUAAAAUAUAAACAUGUUAUUUAAUACAUAUUAAAGUGCUUACUACUUUAAUAGAAAUAUAAAUCUUUAUCGAUUA